AUGAGCCGUAUACUGCCGCGAGUGCGACGCGCAGACGAACAACGCUUUCUGGUGCUUCCUCGGCAUCACGUUUGUCGAGAUCCCCUACGUCUUUGGCAGCAAUAUCUCUUAACCAUUGUCUUCUUCCCACUCCUCGGCUUUGGGUCCUUCAGCACGGUUGUGCUCUACUGGCUCAACAUCUCCCUCUCUGUGCUCAUCCAGACGCUCCUGGUCCAGCUGCUCUUCUACUUGCUGUCCAGUGGCGAAGUCCUUGCCGUUGUAAACGUCCUCAUUAACGUCAUGUAUCUGCUCUUUGCUGGCUUCAACCCGCCUGCUGCUGUCAUCCCGGACUGUUACCGAUCGAUCUUUGAUGUCACUUCACAGCGCUGUUCCCUCUCGAUCCUCGUCUCGCUCGUGUUCGGCAGCUAUCCUGAAGAUACGGUGUAUUAUGAGGUUACGAAGGGGUGCACCACCGUGCGGUCGAAACUCGCGUGUUAA